AAUACACCCUGCAUGGACAUUAUCUAUGAAAUCUAUCUCAGGGCAGCACGCGCACACACACACACACACACACACACACACACACACACAUAUAAAACACAUCUAACGGAAAUUUAGUAUACCUGUAGCUAAUCCACUUACUGCCUUGUUUUUGGGAAGUGGGAGGAAACCAGAGACCCCGGAGGAAACCCACACAGACAUGUGAAGAACAGGAUGAAACAGCAGUGUUCUCUAUCUGUGUAAACAGCUGCUUGUAGCAUCUAAUUUAUGUGUAAUGUGUAAAUACACAUGUAUUAGAGAGGCUUAAUACAGAAUGUGUUUUUUUUUUUUCUUAAUGGAUGGUUGUUGUUGUGUUAUUAUUGCAUUACUGUGCCAUGUUGGAUUAUUACAGAUAAAAUACUGCCAGGAUUUGUGUGUGUGUGUGUGUGUUUUAUAUAUAUUUUUCGAAAGAUACCAGCCGUGCUUUGAAGGAAUGAGUCACUAAAGAGCGAGCCUAUGAGAUCGUUUGUAAUGGAUGACGCACACUGAACAGCUCUGGGAAGCAGACGGAGGAACACUUACCCUGCACCAUCAUUGAACGUGUUUUUUUUUUUUUUUUUUGGUGGGGGGUACAAUAAUCUGAAUAAAUUAGCCGUAUUUUCACGCGCUGUUUUUCAUGUGCUUAUAAAAACCUAUAGUCUCAAGGAAUUGCCCUGUCGAAUAAAUAUGACCAGGCUGCGUUUGAGUGUCCUGUAUGUGCAACCAUCAGCGCGUCCGUCGGCGUCACAUCGCGGCUACUCCAAACGCUUUGUGUCACGCAGCAGGUUGACCAAAGACAAGCAAUAUUGAUCCAUGAACCGCUGACAUGUUGCGUCCAGCUUGAUGUUUGCGCCAGCAUCCAGUGACCGGGCAGGAUGUUGAGUCGGGUUUUGAGCGGCAGUGUUCGGAGUCUGGACAGAGAAUUCAACUGCACUGUCCGGCUGCUGGACGACACGGAAUACACCUGCACGGUACAGAGAGAUGCAAAGGGUCGAUGGAUUUUUGAGCAGAUUUGCCAUCAUUUGAGCCUGUUAGAGAAAGACUACUUUGGCAUCAGAUAUGUAGACCCAGAGAAACAGAGGCAUUGGCUAGAGUUAAACAAGCCAAUCACCAAACAGAUGAGAUCUCAACCGCCGUUCAUCAUGUGUUUACGGGUGAAGUUCUAUCCCCCUGAUCCUGCUGCUCUCAAAGAGGAGAUCACCAGAUAUUUGGUCUUUUUGCAGAUUAAGAGAGAUUUGUACCAUGGCCGACUGCUAUGCAAGAGCUCUGAUGCUGCCCUGCUGGCUGCUCAUAUUCUACAAGCUGAAACUGGAGACUACACUCCAGAGAAGCAUCCAGAAGGCUACAGCUCCAAAUUCCAAUUCUUCCCCAAGCACUCUGAACGCCUUGAACGCCGCAUUGCUGAAAUUCACAAAACCGAGCUAAUAGGCCAGACUCCUGAGACAUCUGAGUUGAAUUUCUUAAGAAAGGCUAAGACUUUGGAGAUGUACGGAGUUGAUCCACACCCUUGUAAGGAUGUGUCAGGAAAUGCUGCAUUUUUGGGUUUUACUCCGUCUGGCUUUGUGGUGCUUCAAGGAAACCGGCGAGUUCAUUUCCUCAAAUGGAAUGAGGUCACCAAAAUGAAGUUUGAAGGGAAGACCUUCCACAUUUAUGCAAACCAACAGGAAGAUCAGAAUAUCAUCCUGACCUACUUUGCACCAACGCCUGAAGCCUGUAAGCACCUGUGGAAGUGUGGAGUGGAGAACCAGGCUUUCUACCAGUUUGAGAAAUCCAGUCAAGUAAGGACAGUGUCCAGCAGUAAUCUCUUCUUUAAAGGGAGUCGUUUCAGAUACAGUGGAAAAGUGGCCAAGGAAGUGAUGGAGCAAAGUGCCAAAAUCAGACGAGCGCCACCAGAAAUCCACCGGGCUGGGAUGGUCCCUAGUAGGAGUUGUCCUUCCAUCGCUCACGGCCCACGACAGAGUAGUGUUCCACGAACAUGCAGAAGAGCAGUCCAUAUGUCUAUAAUGGAGGGUUUGGAGUCUUUACGUGACAGUGGCCACUCCACUCCAGUGCGGUCCAUUUCUCAUGGCCACUCCUUACUGAGGUCCCAUAGCAAUUGUGCUGAGGGUAGAAAUGGGGCAUCAGAAUUUUCUGAGGAAUUGUACAAGCCCACUGACAGUGUGUUACCCACACCUUUCUCCAGCAACUGUUCACUGGACCAGGCCUUGUGUCAGCACAUGAACAGCCCUCCCAGUGUCCAAGAGGAGAAAAAAACAGAAGCAGUUAUUCCAAAAAGUGGGAGGCUGGUUGUUGCUAAGUUUACAGAAAGAGUCUAUCACCUGGGAAAAAUCCAGACACCCACUGGUAGCAUGGAGGUAAAGCAAGUAAGUAAGGUGAUUGGAAGUUUGGCACGGCUCUUCUUGGUCACCCUCACGCUGCUCCUGGCCCUCCUCCUGCUUCUCAUUGCUCUGACAGAGUCUGAACUUGAUGUGGCCUUUCUGAGGGACAUCCGACAAACAGCUGAGUUUCAGCAAUUCCACAAUGAAUAUUUUUGCCCGCUGAGACGCUGGCUAGCCUACAAGCUGCGCUGGAUGGGAGGCUAGCUCAUGAAUAAAUGA